AUUCGGCGUUUGAGAACGAAACGACGCCGAACUGAAUUAGGGGUUGGGAUCCUAACGGUCGUUCCAUGUUCCAAAAUUUGAUUUUUGGAUAUUGCUGCUUUUAAAUCCCUGGUUUCGCCACGCAACUCCCGAAUUCUGAAGGAAUCUGAACAAAGCGGUCCGCUUUCUUUUUCGGGAGCCAAGCACGGAAGAAAACGAAAUCAAAAAUGGGAGAAAUUGAUCGGAAGCCAUUCCUGAUAUCCUCGAGCAAUUUGAAGAAACCGAUCGAGACAAUCACCCUUUCUUCAGAAGAAGACGAUAGUCCAAUUAGGGCCAUGGUCUGCCUUAGAAUAGAUGACGUGAAACGAUUCGAGGAAUCUGAGGACUGCUUCGUCUUAGAGUUUGAUCCAUUUGAGUCGGUUAACCUAUCGAAGCUAUCCUUGGAGGAGAAGAACCCUGCUGAAGAAGAUGUCAGUGAUCUCUCUAUUAUUGCCGAAAAGGGCCAGGUAGCGUGCAGAGAUUAUCCGCAUUCAAGACAUCUGUGUCUCAGAUUUCCGUUCAAUACAAAACCUCACGAGAGCUACUGUGAAAUGUGUUAUUGCUAUGUUUGCGAUUCAGCUGCACCGUGUAAGUACUGGAAUUCUCAUUGCCAUGCCCAUAAUGUCGAUUACUGGAAAGACAAGAGGAUGAUGCAGAAACAGAUGUUUUCUCACAGAUGAGAAAUACUCUUGCUUGAUAGGAUCCCUGUGUUUUUAAAAGGUUUGUGGGAAAGGGGAAAAAACUGAACUUUGCUGUAAUGCAGUCAAAUUCAUAGUUGGAAUUUGACAGUUUGUGUAAUGUAGAUCAGUUAUUUAACAUGGAGCAGCAUUCUGAUUAAAGAAGCAUGCUAAGAGGGCUAACUCUCGAAGUACAUUAAUCAAUCAGAGCUAUGCCUUCAAUAUAUAUAUAUAUAUUUCCCCCA